CUCUCUCUCUCUCUCUCUCUCUCUAAGUUACUCAAGUGUCAUUUCUUCUUGUCUUUCUUCACUCUCUAUAUCUCAAAAAUCUUUGCAACUUCUCAACCUCAAUCAAGGAAAAUUUUGUAUCAAGAUUCUCAAGAAACCCCAUAAAUCUCCUCCUAAAUUUAAAAAAACAAACACCAUAUAUGUCCUUUUUCUCCAUACCCAUAAAGACGUACGUACUUCCUUUUCUUUUUCCUCCAACUCAAAGAAAACCGAAGCUAGGGUUCGUUGGGCAGAUUUCAUAGCCAAAGAUUCAAAGCUUGAGCCUCUUUUCCCAUCAAGAACAAGAAAAGAAGCUUUGUCUGGUUACAACCAUGGAGCUGUUUCCUGCUCAACCAGAUUUAUCCUUACGAAUCAGUCCUCCGAACACCAAACCGUCGUCCACGUGGCAGAGAAGAUCAACAGAAGCGGCCGAGAAUCUUGAUUUAGGAUUUUGGAGAAGAGCUUUGGAUUCAAGAACCGAUUCUAAAACCGAAAGUUCAUUCGAUCUUUCGUUGUCGAACGGCUCCUAUUUGUCGAGGAGCCCCGUUUCGAUCUCGUCGGCAGACUCGAACACUCUCCCGAAUUUCAAUGGCUCCAAAAUCUUGAACCCGCUUCCAUUCCAGACAGAUCAACAAGUUGUUCAAGAACAACUACAUGGGUUUCUUAGGGACAACCUCAACAUCUUAAGGCCGAUACGAGGAAUCCCACUGUACCAGAACCCUCCUCAUCACACUUCACAUCCACCGUCUUUUUCUUUCGAUCCCUCGUCUUUGAUUCCUUCUUCUUCUUCUUCCUCUUCUUCUUGUUCACUAGUCAAUAACAACAUUAGUGCCACAAAAGUUGCCAACUCCGGCCUAACAACCACUAAUUAUCACCCUAGCCACCACCAUCGUCAUCAUCACGGCUUGAUGACGAACAACAGAUCAAGAUUCAUGCCAAGAUUUCCGGUGAAGCGAAGUAUGAGAGCUCCUCGGAUGCGGUGGACGACCACUCUCCACGCCCGGUUCGUCCACGCAGUCGAAAUGCUCGGCGGACAUGAAAGAGCAACACCCAAAUCGGUUCUUGAGCUCAUGGCUGUAAAAGAUCUGACCCUGGCUCACGUCAAGUCUCAUUUACAGAUGUACCGGACAGUGAAGACUACCGACAAAGCAGCAGCAGCUUCGUCCGGACAAUCUGAUGUCAUUGAAACUGUAUCUUCGGGGGAUAACUCGGACGAUUGUAUCUUCCGUGUGAACCGGAAAUCGAGGCAAAACAAUGAAAUGCAGAAUCAAAGAGAGAUAUCUAAUGGUGACAAAGGAAAUGACUAUCGCGGUCUAUGGAGCAGCUCCUCCGGUGAGACACGGUUGUACGGGAUGACAAACGAUACUGUUGCAGAAAUCACACCGCCCUCUAAGGAGGAAAUGGAUCCAAAGUGCUUGAGUUAUGAGAGAAUAUCAUCAGAAGAUGGAAGCUCGUCAAGCAUAGUCUCAGGAAGAAGCCCCAAGAAGCCAAGUCUCGAGUUUACUUUGGGUAGGCCUCAGCUGUAAUUAACUUGCUAUACUUUCUCUUAAUCACGUAUAUUAGAUAAUAUAUUAGUAUAUAUUUAUUGUAAAUUUUAAUUUCAAUAUUGCCCUUGCUUGAAGGGAAAAAAGUUUCUUUUUUUUUAUAUAUAUAUCUAUUUGGAGAGCUUGAGAAAGGAUCGAGUUCGACGUUAAAGGUUAUACAAUGAUGCAGAAAAUGU